AUGCCUUUCGAUCCUGGAGAUGACAGGCGGACGGUCACCGAGGAUGAAGAGCACUACUGGCAGUCCGUGCGCCAGGUGCAUGAGCAGGACGACGAGAACCUCGACGCAAGCUAUCUCGACAAUGCCAAGUACUACAUGGCACGCCUGACCGAACUGAACUUGGAGAAAAAUGAGCUCGAGCGACGUGCGCUAGAAGUUCACCGCGCCAUCACACGGGAACAUAAGCAUCUCGAAGAGCUUAAUGACAGGUUCCAAAACACCAGGAAGGAUAUGAAGAUCCAACGCGAACACCACCAGAUGCAGUUGGCUGCCUGGUUUGAGGAGCAACGCCGGAAAGAGAAUGAUGAACGUGUUAGCAUUGCAGCUGCAGCUCUUGCUGGCGCCGCCCCGCGCCGCGAGUCUGGGCCUGUUGAACCGUCACAUUUAAGCAAGGUCGCCAGCGCCGGACUCAACGGCAUCAACACCAACGGAGAACAUCGGAAUGGUGCCGCCGUGACGAUCCCCAGUCAUGUCAGACCCAACCAACCUGCACUGACCAUGAUCAUUGACGCAUUGGGCCGUACCGUGGGACCAGUGAACCGUAUCGUAUCGAGCAACAGAAUCGUCAUAUAUCUGUCCAGCUUACCUCAAAAACGACCUGUCCAGCUCCGCGACGGCGUCUCCUUCGGCCAGGACGACAUGAGGGCCUUCGAAGAGGCGGAGGACAAGUGGAAGGGCGCCAUCAUUCAGGCCACUGGCCUCGUCCGGAAACAAUCGCAGCAAUGCACUCCGUGUGCCAGCGGCAGGGGCCCCUUUGCACAAUGCAUCGGCCUCGAUAUGCCUGAAUUCCAGGCAUGUGGUAAUUGCGUUUGGCAGAGCUCAAACUGUUGUGACGUCCCGUCAUCAAUAAGUCAAACGCCGCCCACGAGGGGAUUCAAGGCGCUCAACGCCCAAGAUGUCUACAACGAACGAGCCGCCAACGGCAGCUUCACCAACGGCACUGCGACUCCCGUCGGCGGCCAGAGUCGACCUGGCUCCCGAGACAAGAGCUUUGCCGAAGGCUCAACAGCUACUGACGAGACGGAUGAGGAUAUGACCCCAAUCACCAAGGCGAACCUCUUGCUGAAGCACGACGGAAAAGUCUUUACGCAUCCAGAGUGCAUGGCCGGCGUACCCUUCAAUAAGGUUGAUCGGACCCACGAGUACUGGGACCCAGCCUGGCCGGAUAUCGUGCCCUUGAUCGAGCCGACAUUGCAGUCAUGGCGAGACAAGCUGCAAACUGCUCUGGAAAAGGGGCAGACCAGCAUGAAGUUCCAGCUGGGCAGACAGGUGAAUCGAGGAGAGACGAUUCUGAAAUUCUUGAGCGAAGCAGACUUUUGCCCCUAUCAAUUGGUGGGGAAGAAGUAUAUGAUGACCCGACUGGUUUCUUACGACACUAUUUUCCGUCUUGCUGACACUCUGCGAACUCUGGAAGGCUUCAAGACUCUUGACAUCACCCCGCUGGAGUGGUUUCGUCAGCGCCUGCAGGAGCUCAUCAUCUUGGACGGACCUGACUUCAACCUGGCCAAGACGGUUCAUGACUUUUACCACGAUUCAAAGUACGUGGCUCUGAGACUCGCCAACGGCAAAAAGAGCAUCGGAAGACCGUCGGGAAUGAAGAUGGGGCCAAAGGACUCCCCCAACUCGGCCAGGGGCACCCCCAAUAACAAGAAGCGCAAGUUUUUCAUCAACGAAGAGUAUCCCGCCGCAUCUCAGCGCCCACUUGCCCCGACACCGACGCCUCAGUUCCAGUCCCAGCCUCAAGUCCAGCCUCAGGUACAGCCUCAGGUGCCGCCUCAGGUCUAUCCAUCAGUCCAUCCUCCUGUCCAGUCUCAGUCUCAGCCUCAGCCACCAAGCCAAUUACCACCAAGCCAAUUUCAAUCCCGGAAAAGCGAAACGCCGCUGAGUGCGCCGCCGACGCCUGAGCUUGCCAGGCAAUCGAAAAAGCUUAAGACGGCUAGAAUUCCUGGGAAGCCCAAAGAUCAGGAUCUAAACUACGACGGCUUCACCGACACCGAUGAUUACAGCGGCGAUCAUAUCGGCCAGCACGACUGGGCGUUGAACCGGAUCAAGUCCAGACUGAACAGCGUUAGCACCGGUGUGACACAGUACUGGCACUGGAUACCGGAUAAUGGCGAACAGAUUUUUGAGCAUCAAGUGCUUGCGGAAAGCGACACUUUGACCUGGGGCAUCUACGCCAAGCCGGUGAAUUUCCACUUGGAGUUGGAACACAUCCAGGAGCUGAAAUGGGCCACCGACACUUCCAAGGUCAUUGUGGUAUGCAAGGAUGGCGUCGUGAUUUCGCCCGAUGGCGAGCCUAGAGGCGACCUCUUGGCCGAAUUCAAGCGGGACCGCACCAAGAGGCGUUUCUUGGCCUUUUGCCGCAAGAAGGGCAUCGAAUUGAUCAAAGUUGAGGCGGACGUCAUACAGAAAGCAUGGGAUACGUACGAUUCGCCAGAUGUCCCGGCGAUGCCGGACUCGGAGAUUGAGUAA